AGCGAUGGACCAUUCGGUAAAAGCGAUGAACAGCCACCGGAAAGUUGUCUUUUCCCGACUUCUGAACCGCCACAAUUUCGAGAAUGGCGAGUUAGAGCAGCUCUACCGGCGCUAUACUGUAAAAUUACAGCAGACAUCGACGUCCAGUGUUUUGGCUCUUGUAGCCUCGCUGACCGCAAGCCUAGUGGCCUUGCACGUGGCCUACGUGAGAUUAUUAAGUGGUGCAGCUCUCUAUUAUUUGUUUGUUUGUACAUCUUUUGCAGCAGCCUUGGGCUUACUGCUGACAGGUCAUGCAAAAGAUGCCCACUUGCCGGCGAUUUGCUAUACUGCUUUGAUUUUGUGCUCGGGCCUUUGCCUAGUAGGCUUGCCCUUGAGCGUGACAGAUAGUAAUACUUGGGGGGCUUCAUCGUGGGGUCAGGAACAUGCAGCGGUGCAUGGCGUGUGGGAAGUUCUCUUUGUCUUGUUCGUAUCGUAUAGCUUAUUGCCCCUGAAAACUCGGGUCGCAGUAUGCGUGGGUGUGCUGCUACCGAUUUUACACACGACCGUUGCUGUCACCUCGGCGACACAAUACCAAGCAUUAACCUGGCAACAGGUUGCUGCAAAUCUAUUGGCUUUCAUAUGUGUUAGUGUGGUAGGACUCUUCGUUCACAAUUUGAUGGAGCGUGCACAACGAAAAGCCUUCCUCGACACCCGAAACUGCAUCAAGGCACGACUUGAAAUGGAAGACGAAAAUGAAAAACUGGAACGCCUGCUGCUCAGUGUGCUUCCCCAGCAUGUAGCUAUGGAAAUGAAGGCUGACAUUAUUCGACCCAGAGAAGGCCCUUUUCAUAAAAUAUACAUUCAGAAGCACGAGAACGUGAGUAUUCUUUUUGCUGACAUCGUUGGUUUCACUGUACUAGCCUCGCAGUGCACAGCUCAAGAGCUCGUAAGAUUGCUGAAUGAAUUAUUUGGAAGGUUCGACCAACUAUCCAAUGAUAACCACUGCUUGCGAAUUAAAAUUCUUGGAGAUUGUUAUUAUUGUGUGAGUGGUCUGCCUGAUCCAAGAUCAGAUCACGCUCAUUGCGCUGUUGAAAUGGGACUGGAUAUGAUUGAUGUUAUUGCGUCUGUAGUGGAAGCUACUGAUGUACAUCUGAAUAUGCGAGUAGGUAUUCAUACGGGUCGCGUUUUGUGUGGAGUUCUGGGUCUUCGAAAAUGGCAAUAUGAUGUAUGGAGUAAUGACGUCACCCUUGCAAACUAUAUGGAAGCUGGCGGUGAACCUGGCCGAGUUCAUGUGACACAAGCCACUUAUGACUGCUUGCACGGAGAAUAUGAAGUUGAGCCUGGACGAGGAGCUGACCGUAACUCCUACUUGAGGGAACACAAUGUAGUUUCCUAUUUCAUUGUUCCACCGAGCCAUCGUAGAAAGCCCUUGAUGUUCAGCGCCCAGAGCCAGAUACGUCCUGGGGGAAAUCGCCGCAAGUUGUCUUUCAAAAAUGUUUCGAAUGUUGUUGUGCAGUUACUCCACUCUAUUAAAUAUAGCAUGGAUGUUCCUUUUUCAAAUAUGGCUGUAACCAGUGGUCCAGUUGUAGAAAAGCCAGGAACUAAAAUGUCCACUUUCGCUGAUAAAUUAAGGAAGCCUUUUAAAAAGAGGCAUUCUACAGUCUACCAUCAGCCUACUAGCAGAGUGAAUAAGUAUCUUGCGCAAGCUAUUGAAGCCAGAAGUGUAGAUCAAGAAAAAUCAACUCAUGUUAAUGUUAUAACUUUAUGCUUUAAAGACAGAUUAAAAGAAAAACAGUAUUACAGUGAAAGAGAUGAAGGAUUUACUAACAGCAUGAUAUGCUGCUUGAUUGUUCUCUUACUUUUGGGUUGUUUGCAAGCUACCGUUUUGACUAGAUCUCUUUUGAUGGUGAUAUUAUUUAUAUCUGCGUUUGGUUGGACGUUCUUUUUGAUUAUUUUAACUAUUGGAGCAAAAAUGAAACUUAUUUCAUGGGAUAUUAGUCAAUCUUUUCUCCUUCGUAUGUCUGCCAUUGUGCUGACUAUAAUCUUCGUUUAUAUUGUUGCUCAAGUAAACGUUUUUGCUUGCGUUAAGGAGCCGAAAUGCAGUCCAUCAGCAAAUAUUUCUCUGACUUCACUACUAUAUGAUCAUUACUAUUGUCCCCUUCCUCAUUAUAUUGUAAUAAGCUGUAUUUUGACUUUCUUCUCUGUUGUUGUUUUUCUUCGAAUUCCAAUACUGAUUAAAGUAUCAUUGCUUCUGCCAUUGACGAUUAUAUCGAUAGUAACUAUUGAAGUUAUACAAUUGCCACUAUUUGAAUGCUACGAUGAACAUGUUAGGUCUGUUGUCCCUGAACAUCUUAUUGGGCUUGUUGUAAUUAUACAUUUUUUGUUAGCUGUUUUGAUACAUGGAAGACAAGUAGAAUGGACUGCAAGACUUGACUUUCUAUGGAAUCUUCAGGCCAACGAAGAAAAGAGGGAAAUGCACGAAUUGCAAAGUAGCAAUCGACGAAUUCUUUUUAACUUGCUUCCCGCUCAUGUUGCUACCCAUUUCUUGGACAAUCAAUUUAAAAAUAAUAUGGACCUCUACAAUCAAAGCUACUCUAAAGUUGGUGUGGUAUUUGCAUCGAUACCAAAUUUUCAUGAAUUUUACAUGGAACUGGAUGGAAAUAACCAAGGAAUGGAGUGCUUGCGCCUUCUAAAUGAAAUAAUUGCCGACUUCGAUGAGCUAUUGGAUGACGAAAGAUUUAAGGCCAUAGAUAAGAUUAAGACUGUUGGUAGUACAUAUAUGGCUGCCAUUGGUCUAAUGCCUGACUACAGAAUUAUUGAUGAUAAUCGCGACUCAGCUGUUGAGUAUAUGAGUAUCUUGGCAGAAAUGGUUUUUGCAUUUAAAGACAAACUAGCCGACAUCAAUGAAAAUUCUUAUAACAACUUUUUUCUGAGAAUUGGUUUAAAUAUUGGUCCUGUUGUUGCUGGAGUUAUUGGAGCUAGUAAGCCACAAUAUGACAUCUGGGGGAAUACAGUAAAUGUUGCAAGUAGAAUGGAUAGUACUGGUCUUCCUAAUCACAUACAGGUAACUGAAGAAGUCUACAACCUUUUAAAAGAUACAUAUGUAUUUCAAUGCAGAGGAAUUGUCAAAGUGAAGGGGAAAGGUGAUAUGACUACGUAUUUUCUCAUUCGAAGAAAAGAGCCCCAUGAAAUUCAAAAAAAUGAACCAACUAUAUGUAAAGAAGAAAAGAAUGAAAUUUGCCAAAAUGUUCAAAAAGAGGCUUGUGUCAACAGUAUGAGUUCAACACAGUCUUCUGCCUCUAAAACAAAUAAUGAAAAUACGAAUGCCAAUCGAAUUAGGAAAACUCAUCUAUACCACUCGGAACCAGUUAAUGAAAUUCAUUCGACUAGUAGUCCAAGAUUACCAUCAAUGCAAUUGCCACCUUGGCAACCUCGUUGCCAUCAAAGAAGUUUUUCGAGUGAUAAAGAAUCCUACUUGUAUGACCAGCCCAAACCAAUAAUUGGCAAUGCCCCAACCAAAUCCUAUUCACAAUCCCGUCCACGUUUCAACAAUAAUCAUGCUAAUGCCAAUAAUAAAAACAAUACAAAAAGUUGCAGUUCAUCAGCCGAAUCAAAGGAUGACUUACAAGAUAAAUUACAAAAACUCAAUACUGGGUCUAGUUUAUAUACAAAUAAAGUCUAUAGACCAUCCAAAAUGUAUACGCAUCCUAGGGCUCAUGCUGUAAAUAAAUCUCCUGCUGUGCUUACACCACCCGAAGAAAUGUUCAAUUUUCCAGCAGUGAACUCGGCAAACCAUGCAGAAUCAAGUUCUUCUUCUGUACCAAAUGAUACAAGCUUUGCUAUCAACAACAGUAAUGACAGUCUCUUAGGACAGGAACAAAAUAAUUAUGUCGAUUCAUCUUCAUUAAAUCGUUCUUCAACUUCAUCCUGUGACAGCUAUAUUCGUACAGAUUUUUCGCGAACAGAUAGAGAUGCACCUUCUCCUGCAUUGUAUGAUUAUACAUGUAAUGGAUCUAAUGUUGAAUGGAUUUAUCCUGCAGAUAAUAUUGGAAAUGGUUCUUUAGGUCGAGAAACAGAAGAAAAUUCUUUCUCUAACAAUUUGACUGAUAAUAAACAGGUACUUCCCGAAGUUGGCUUGUCUCCUUCUCAUCACAAUGGCAAAAGUAUAACUAAUUGUGGUGAUGAAAAAAAAGUUAAAAACAGACAAGAGGAGAAUAAAAUGGUGUUGAGUUCUAGUGUGGACGGUAGUUUUUCAAAUAUAGCUACCGAAAUUGAAAAUUCUCACGAUAGGGAAAAAACUGAGCGAAAACAAAUAUCUAUUAAUAACAAAGGUCUUAUGCCAAAUCUGGAUUUUAAUCAUACAAAUGGCUCGAUGAAUUCGGCUCCUGUUUCAUCAGUUAUUGAUGAACAACUUAUCCAGCAAGGUAAAUCAUAUUUGAAUGGAACAAAUGUCCCUGAAAACCAGUCUGUUUGUCCUUUAACGAAUGUAAGUGUUGGCUUUAAAGUUAAAAAUAAGUCUAGUGAAAUACUUCCUGAGUCUUUGCAGAACAUCCAGACAAUGAAUUCAUCCAAUGAUCUACCAUCUGACAGAAAUAUUCAUAAGGUUCAUGACUCAUUACUUUGUUCAGAAAAAACCCAUAAACAUGCUGAUAAUAAUAAUUCGUUUAAAAAUAAUUCAUCUAAAAAUCUACUUGCAAAGGAAAAAAGUGAUUAUUUAGACUAUUUUGAUAUGAAGUCUUCUAGCUUUCCCAGCUCUUCAGAUUCUUCACCUAAAUCUUCUAAGAAAAACGAAUCUGAGAUGUGUACUAAAAAAUUAUCUAAAAAUAGUUUAAAUAGUCGGCAGGCUAUUAAUAAUAAUUCACGUUUAUCUUCCGCUACACAUAAAAAUCAUAAAGACUUGACCUAUGAAGAAACUAUGCCAAUUUUACAAGAAGAUAUGAAUAUUGUACCUAGAGCGUCAGUCGAACUCACAGACAGUGAUGAAAGCGACGAUGAGAAAUCUGCUGAAAUACCUCUUAUUGAUGAUUAUUGUACUGAUGAUCCUGCUUUGGAAAAUGCAUCUUUAUUAAAUGAACAUGGUCUUACUGAUGCUGAAGGAGCUUUGAGUGAUUUAAAUUCAAUUAUCAACGAUCCGAAUCCUGGAGAUGGGGAUAUGGAUGAUACCAGCAUAUCUUCAAGAGCUAGCAGUAGAAUGUUUGAUAGUGAUCAACUACUAAGUGUUGAUAGUUUGAAUGUUAUGUAUGACUCAGAAUAUGAUAACUAUAGGCCGGGAAUGGUAAGUGAUGAGGAUAUAUUCCACCAUGAACGUGCUAGUGAUCCUGAUUUGGAUUACUUAGAGGAUCCGAACGUAGAAAACAUCAGAGUUUUAUCAAAUAAUAUAACAAGAAAUUUUGGACUACCUUCAAAAUAUGAAAAGGAAGAUAGUGAAAUAGGCUGACAUGUGUUACGUUAUUCUUAUUACUUUGUCUUUCAUAUAUAUAUAUGUCUUUAAACACCUUAUAGUGCAAUAACUAUUAAGUGAUGAAAAUGUUUUUUGAAAGCAGGCAUUACUCACAAACGCACGAUAAAAGAAUAUAGCAUUGGCACUAAUGUUCAAUUAGUGUUCAGCACUAGUAGUGCUUGCCUCUCAAAUGCUAAAUUACAAUAGAAAGCUUUCAAAAAGUAAAUAAAAUGAACAAAGAUCAGUUUUGAGUAACUAGUUAAUGUGACUUAGGAAUUCAUAUUUUAACGUAUAAAAAGUCCCUAACUUAAAAAAAAAAAAAUUAGAAAAUACUGAACGGUGUUUUCAUUAAUUAUUUUACUGUGGGUAAUGUCUAUAGAAAAAGAAAGUGCCUCUGACACAACAGGCUGCUAAUUGAAGCAUGAAACAGAUUUUAAGAAAGAAAACAUUUUUUAAAAGAUUUUGCAUUGUUGGAACUGAUCAAAAUGGAGGUAGAAUAUCAGGUUUCAUGUUAAAUCUAAGUUAAAAUUUCUAUGUACAUUUUUACCGACAUGUUUAAAUUUUCUUAAAAGAACAAGGAAGUAAAUUAUGUAUUGUUAAUGCUAUAAAAACUAUGUCUAUAAAACAAACAAAAUUAUAUACUUCAAAAAUGACCUUUAAAUUUUUAGGAGGCUUUUUAUUUUGAAAAGAGCGUUGUUCUCAGGGCAAUUUUAUUAAUAUUUAGUAAAAUAAAUGCUCUCAUAUUUAUGGUUCUACCAAUAAAAUAUAAUUUUGAUGCAUAAUUAGUUAAAAUUGUUUCAUUUUCGUUUAUUAUUGUAAUUCAUUGUUUUUCCUAGUUGUUAAGGUAUAACGGUCCAAUCUAGUAAAAUGGAUCAUUGAUUUUCAAGACUAGUUCUUCCGUAAAAACAUUUUUAUGUGUUUUUUAUUCACAUGCGUACUCAAAAUUAAAAUAGCUUGAUAUGCAAUAUCAUUUAAAAUGCAUUGAUUUUUUUAAGGAGAGGAAUAAAAUUUUCGUUCAGGAUUUUGAGCUUUCAUUGCUAACUCAGUGCGUACAUUCUCAUCACUUAUAAAAAUCUGCAGUGAUAUUUAAUGUUAAAAUUAUUUGGAGUUAGAUUCUUCUUGUAAUUGUAAGCAUUUGACUUCCUCUUCCGACAUGUUUAAUCCUGAAAGUUAAGACAUUAAUUACAAUUUGUUCUUCAAUUAUAAAUUUCACACUCUCUCUUUAUGUAAUACAGAAACUAUGUGAUUAUGUUUUGUAGUUGUCAUAGUUAGGGAUAACAAAAAUACAUAAAAGGCAAAAAGAUAUUUUGCCUUUAAAUUUUCCUGGCUAUAAAUAAAAGAAUCUCUGUUAUUUUGACUUCACUUAUUAAAUAUAAUUUUCUGUAUUCGUGAAUUAUGCCAAAAAAUCCCAUUAUGUAUGUAUCACUGUGAUAUGCCUGUUUAUGUGUAUUUACUUUUAAAAAUUUAGACAUUAAAAUUUUAAUCUUAAUCUGUAUGCAUUGCCAAAGUGCCAUCUAACUAAAUAGGUAUGUAAAUUACAUUGCAAGGCACGGUUCCUGUUUCUUGUAGAUAUAUCAUCAUAAUUGCACUUUUCUUAUUCUUUUUUUAAAAUUUGUUUGUGCGACUCAAUUUUAGAAUUUUGGCACUUCCAUCCGUCCUAUGUGUACACUAUUUUAACUACUGAAACAAACUUUUCCAUUUAAAGUUUGUCUUUGAAUUUCUAAGUUUUGUAUAAAUAUUAAUUGCACUUAUGUUUAUGCAAUAAUAUCUGCAUGUGAUGCCUGUGUACUUCACUGUUCAAAAUUGCUUGUUGUAUUAGAUGUACAAAAGUUCCUUUAAAUAUUUAUCUGCUUUUACAGAAGUUCUCAAUAUAUAAGUGUUAUGUAAAAUUACUCCAUAUUCUCAUGGUAUUAAGCUGCACUGUGGUUUUCGACACUUCAAUGUAUUGUUUUUCAGAGUUUUAUGUAUCACACAUUUAAGCAUUGCUGUUAACUAUUUAUUUAUUCAACGGGAAAAAUAUUUUGCAACUAGGAAAACUUAACUAUAUGGCACAGAUAUUUAGUUGUGUACAAAAUAUGGUUACUUGUAAUAUACGAUAUGUGUUGAGUUUUGAUACAUAGCUAUCAUACUUUUAUCACACAGGUGACAAUUUAUAAGCAAAUAAUCUGUCAAUAAAUAUGAUACUUUAUUUUAUUGGGCAAAAUGCUGAUACAAAUUAAGUUUUCAAUAAAUUUUCAUGUUUUUAGUUACUAUCUGGAAGUGAAAUCAGCAAAUAUUCUGAAAAAAUAUUAAAUGGUAUUCAUUAAUAUAGUUGUUUCCACAUAAGUUUCUUAUAAAGACUUUCUGUGAAUAAUAUUUUUUAAUAAAAAAGAGAUAUUUUGAGCAGAAAAUACGUUAAAUUUCUCUGUCCUAUUGGUUGUGCCUUACAAUUUCCUUUAACGCAGAGAAUAAACAAUUGUAGUUUUAAUUCGACAACUGCCAAACUUUUCCUUCAAAAUCUAAAUGUUUAAUUUUAUGCAUGAUUUUGCCUGCUUGGGCAUUUCGAAUUGAAUUGGCAAAAAUAAAAGGAAAAAUUUUGAUUUUAAAGUUAAUUAUGUGAACUUUCUUCGAUUGACUCAUUUCUUGUUCCAAAUGCUUCGGUUGGUACAGAUUCUCUGUCAGAAAUCUUUCAUAUAUUUCACUUUUCUUUUUCAAUACUUCAUCUAUGUGAAUUAUAUCAUUUUUGUAUGUUUUGUAUAAAUUUUACCACCUUACUUGUUCAUAAAUUAUAUUUUGCUAUUUAUCUAUGAAUGGUUUUCUUUAUAGAUAUAUUAUCUGUUUUAUGAUUUAUGCACAAUGAGGAUGAAAAUGUAGGAUUUCAUGUAAUUGUAUAUUAUAUUAAAAAAUGCGAAACUAGGAGCUAAAAGCAGCGAUGAUUAAAAUUGCUUUUUAGGGAACUAAAUCAAUUCUUAGAUGUCUUUAAAAUUUAGGUUAUAAGUUAUUGGUGUUAUUUCUUAAAAUAUAUAUAAUGCAUGAUAAGUGUUUUCAUCUAUAUUGAUAUUAUAGGAAUUUCUUGGGAAUUGAGAGUGUAACAGAGUAUAGAAAAACUGUUGAUAGAAAUUGAAGUAUAGUUAUUAGGAUGUGGACGUUAGCUUACAGAAAAAUCUCUAAAAUGACGGAGUUUAUGUGUACAAAUAUAUAGUAUUGAAAAUAUUUCAUGUAGAUGAAAUUAGGCCAUUUCUAUUGCUGCAUAUAUAAGCCUUCUGCACAAGUUCCAAUGGAAGGUAAUUCUAAAACAACGAUCUGCAGUUUUGUGGUAUAAUUAUGCGUAUGCAUUAAAUAUAUAGUAUUCAAUAUUUUUUUAUAAAUGAGUGAGAUGUAGGAAGCUUGAAAAAAAUCUUUCUAUUUAAAUUUAAAAAGGUGUUAUGUGAAAAUUUUGAAAAAAAAAAUAUUCUAUUCAGUAGUAGUGUUUUUUAUUGUUUGAAGCAAAUUUAACAUAUUUACUUUUUUAAGGUUAAGUUUCAUAUUAGUUGCCUUACAAGAAAAUAAAAAAAAAAUUGCAAGCAUUUAUUUGAUCAUUUUAAUAAAUUUUACUGCACUUCUUUUCUGCGUGUUAUUAAUUAAGCACAAGAUGUGGCAGAAGUGCCUUCAGAGCAUAUUUUAUUUUCACAAAAUAGCUUAUAUUUACAUUAGAUGUGUUAAAUGUACAUAAAAACAGAUAGGAUACGCUAAGUAAAUUCGAGUUUGAAAUUCAGAGUUUUUAUACAUUUUUAAAUAGCAUGAUACAUAAAAUAAAUACAUUUAAUACAUAAAAUAUAUGAAAAUGUUAUAAAGUAG